UUGGCAUCGAAUUGCAUUUUUGUAUGACUAUUCGUUUACGUAUAUGUUUUUUAAGAAAUAAGUAAAUAUAAUGACAACAAUAUUUUAUGCUGAACCAGAGCUAGUUGUUGCACUAAAUUCAAAAAUCGUAUUCGUCAAUCCAAAUGAUCUGCAAAUAUUUAAAGAAGUUUUCAUACCAGAGGAUUUGACAGAACAUGGUUUAAAACCAUUUACUUUAGAGGAAAAUCAUGAUGAAGUAGAAAAGACAGACGAAAAAAAUUCAAAGAAUCAACCAACUGAAAGUGAGUCAAAGGAAAAAGUAAAUAUACAGCAUGUGAGUCUAUCGCCCAACGGUCAACUGCUUGCUGUGACGACGAGUGGACAGAAGGCGUUGUUACUCUAUCAAUGCCGACUCGAACAUGCGAAGCUGGUAUCGGUAAGAUCAUUGGCACGCAUUUCCAGUGCGUUGACUUUUGCUAGUGAUUCAAGUAAAUUAUUGGUAACAGAUAAAACUGGAGAUUGUUACGAGUAUGACUGCAUCAACAUGAGUUCUGUACCCCGGCUACUUUUAGGACAUUUGAGUAUUGUGUACGAUGUUUUGUGGACGGCGGACCAAAAAUUUAUUAUAACUUGUGAUCGAGAUGAGAAAAUACGCAUAACAAACUAUCCAAAAACCUAUGAAAUACAUGGCUAUUGUUUGGGUCAUACGGAGUUUGUGUCAGGUUUAGCUCUGCUAUCACAUGACGCAUUGGUUUCAGUAUCGGGCGAUAAGUCAUUACGCUUAUGGGACUACAAAAAUUGUAAAGAACAAGCGAAAAUAGAUUUACCAGCACCAGGUCUUAAGAUCUCGCAUCGGAAAUUAAGUGAGAACAGUCACCAAGUUGCUGUUUUGCUCUACCAACCCAAUGAAAGUGUUGCUAUAUAUAACAUAAACAGAACUGAAACUUCAGGGUGGAAUAUAUCUGAACAUGUCGUGCUUAACUUUCCUGAAAUGUGUAUAAGCAAUUUGUGUUUUGCUAAAGAUAGACUCUACCUUGCUGCCAUCGUUGACAAUCACUUACAAUUAAGUGUUGCUAAUUUGCCAGAAUCUUCUCCUGUACCUGAUAAUUGGUUAGAUAUGUUACAAGAACAGUUCCAAGAUGAUAUUUGGACUCCUGAAGAUGUAUCUGCCAGAUUUAAAAAGCAUUUUGAUAAUGUAAGCGAUUAUUUGGAACGUAAAAGAAAACGCAUCGAAGAAACACAAAAAUAAAUGAAUUUAAAUUAUAAAAUUA